GUCCAUUACAGACCACUACAUACCACUGGAGUCCACUACAUACCACUGGAGUCCACUACAGACCACUACAUACCACUGGAGUCCACUACAGACCACUGGAGUCCACAUGAAGGCCUAAAGAGGGAAUUGGUGGUUCUGAACAUUAUUACUGGCCUCUAGAACGCAUCAUAAGAGGCUUCCAGCAGGAGGAGAGGACCCUGAGGGACCCUGAGGGACCCUCCACACAUGGACCGGUUCUCUGAUUCUCCACCUGAGCGGCGUCUGUUCGGCUGAUGUUUGUGUCUUAAUGUUUAAACCAGUUCACGUGAAAGCGAGUAUUAAUUUAAUGCACCUAUAAACUAUACGUUAAUGCACACGUCUCGUUUUAAAUGUGUAAAUAUGCCCCGGAUGUGUCGUAAAGUCACUUAGAACCAGGCCCGAGUGGCUCAACACUGAGUGCUCCUUUUUCCGUGAGCAUUUGAACGCAGCAGAGGUGUGUACAGUUAAAACGCGCAUGCGCAGAACGGGGACCGAACUCUCGCAAACUGGCGCCAAGCUGCAGCGUCCGGAGAGUCGAGUGGCACCGGCGGCCCAACUUCUCAAGCGGACCGAUGACGUCACCGACGUGUGACGCUUGACCCGGAGCCGCGCGCAGUUCCCACAGAAAGGGCGUGCGCGUGCAGCAGCUGGUCUACGCGCGCGAUGCCGUCGCUGACCCUGAGGGGCGUCACGGUGGACUUCCCGUACCCCCCCUACGACUGCCAGCGGGACUACAUGAGCAAGGUGCUGCAGUGCCUGCAGCAGAAGGCCAACGGGGUCCUGGAGAGCCCCACAGGGACCGGGAAGACCCUGUGCCUGCUGUGUGCCACGCUGGCCUGGCGGGACCACUUCAAGGACUCCAUCUCCGCCCGCAAGAUAGCGGAGAAGCUGGGCGGGGGGGACAUGUUCCCCAGCACCCCCGUUGCAUCCUGGGGGACGGCUGCCACCGACGGGGCCACAGCAACCUACUACACGGAUGUCCCUAAGAUCAUCUACGCCUCCAGGACUCACUCCCAGCUGGCCCAGGUCAUCAAUGAGCUGAAGACCACCUCGUACAGCCCCAAGGUCUGCGUGCUGGGGUCCAGAGACCAGCUGUGCAUCAACCCGGAAGUGAUGCGCCAGGAGAACCACCACGCCAAGGUCCACAUGUGCAGAGGAAAGGUCUCCACCAGGUCCUGUGUCUUCUACAACAACGUGGAAGAGAAGAGCACUGACCGAGACCUGGGGACCUCCAUCCUGGACGUGGAGGACCUGGUGAAAUACGGCAACAAGCAAAGGGUCUGUCCCUACUACCUGUCCCGGGCCCUGAAGCAGCAAGCAGACAUCAUCUUCAUGCCCUACAACUACCUGCUGGAUCCAAAGAGCCGUAAAGCUCACAGCAUCGAGCUGAGUGGAGCCGUGGUGAUCUUUGACGAGGCCCACAACGUGGAGAAGACGUGUGAGGAGGCCACGUCCUUCGACCUCAGUCCCUACGACGUGGCCUCGGCCGUCAGCGCCGUGGACCGGCUGCUGCUGGACCAGGCCCGGGAGGAGGUCCGGGAGGAGGACUUCAACAUGGAGGGUCUGGGCUCAGGUCUAAAGAUAAACCUGGAGAGCAUCGCUACGGUGAAGCAGAUUCUUCUGGACCUGGAGGCGGCCAUCGAUGCCUUCGAGGUCCCGAGUGAGAAGGGCCUCACGAAGCCGGGCAUCUUCAUCUACGAGCUGCUGGAGAGAGUCCACCUGACCUACAGCAGCAGGACGGCCGUCUCCGAAGCUCUGGAGCAGAUCAUCGGACACCUGGCGGGACAGUCCGGAGUCUUCCUGAACACCAGUGGCCUGCAGAAGCUGUUGGACAUCAUCCAGCUGGUGUUCUGCGGCGACCCCUCGGAGAAGGACCGGCUGCAGCAGAUGCAGACCAACACGGCUCAUUUCAAGGUUCACAUCCACCGAGACAAAAGCUACCAGAAGAAACCGCAGAGCGCCGACGUGUGGGCCUCCUCUUCAUCGAAGAAACAAGGCAACGUCCUGAGCUACUGGUGCUUCUCUCCGGGCUUCAGCAUGCAGGACCUGGUGGCUCAAGGGGUCCGCUGCCUCAUCCUGACCAGCGGGACCCUCGCCCCCCUCUCCUCCUUCACCUGUGAGAUGAGGAUUCCGUUCUCAGUGAGUCUGGAGAACAGUCAUGUGAUCCAGAGGGACCAGAUCUUCGUUGGCGUCAUUGAGCGCGGUCCGGACGGCGUCCAGCUGAGCUCGGCGUUUGACAGGAGGUUCCUCCCUGAGAACAUGGCGUCGCUAGGCAACACUGUUGCCAACCUGAGCCGGGUGGUCCCUGAAGGCCUCCUGGUGUUCUUCCCUUCGUUCCCCCUGAUGGAGAAGACCCUCGAGUCCUGGAGGUCCAGUGGACAUGCAGCUCGUAUCGAAAGCGUGAAGCCGAUCUUUGUGGAACCUAAAGGAAACCUGAAGGGCACCUUCAACGAGGUGAUUGAGGGUUACUACAGGCAGGUGAACGAUCCCACAGCCAGGGGCGGGACCUUCUGCGCUGUGUGCCGAGGCAAGGCCAGCGAGGGGCUGGACUUUGCGGACUCCUUCGGUCGGGCGGUGGUCAUCACCGGCCUGCCCUUCCCCCCCAAGAUGGACCCGCGAGUCGUCCUGAAGAUGCAGUACCUGGAUGAGAUGAGCCGGAGGAAAGAGCCCGGAGUGAAGUACCUCUCUGGUCAGGACUGGUACCGGCAGCAGGCCUUCAGGGCCGUGAACCAGGCCAUCGGGAGAGUCAUCCGGCACAAGGACGACUACGGAGCCAUCCUGCUGUGUGACCACAGGUUCCAGGGUUCUGGGGCCCGGGCCCAGCUGCCGUCCUGGGUCCAGCCCUACGUGCGCCUGUACGAAGGCUUCGGGAACGUGGUCCGGGACGUGGCCCAGUUCUUCAGGGUGGCUCAGAAGAUGAGGCCGGUGGUGCAGAAGAAGGCCGCGGCUCCGAGCCGAGGGCCGGUGAGCUCAGACCUCCCGUCCUGCUCCACUACCCAGAAUGCAUCUGGCUUCCCCUCCUGCUCCGGCCCCCAGAAGGCCAAGAAGCUGGACGCCCACCUGCCCAGCCUGAAGAGGAGGAGACCAGAUGACCCCUCGGGAGCCAAUGGGAUGGCCAGGAUCUGCAUCAUCACGAGUGAGCUCAGAGGGAAGAGAUCGGCCAACCUCCUGGACGCUCUGGAGCAAGUAGAGCAGGAGGAGGAGCAGGAGGAGGAGCAGGAGGAGGGAGCAGAGAAGGCCGGCCAUCUGUCCACGUUGUCCCUGCAGUGGGACAAGAGGAUGGAGGAGGAGCUGAGGGGAGGGAGACGCAAGAUCAAGCUGGUCCAGGGUCAGAAGGGGGGCGGCCCAGAGGCCGUCUCUGGAGGAUCCUCCUCCAGCCACAAGGCCAAGAGCUUCCUGGUCCAGAUGAAGUCUCUGAGCCAGGUGAACUUCGACCGCGUCAUGCAGGCCCUGCAGGCCUACAAGAAGACGGACCGGCUGGACCUGCUGCUCACGGAGGCCGCCGUCCUCACGGAGGACGCCCACACACACGCGCUGCUCCGAGGCCUCUACCAGUUCAUCCGGCCUCAUCACAAGAGCAUGUUUGAUGAGCGCUGCCAGCAGCUGACGGGGCUGGGCUGCGGCUACCGGGCCAGCCACGCACUGCCUGCGGCCUCCAGUAGCUCCGCCUCCUGCAGCCAGCUGGACACACAGCAGCUGAACCAAGGGGGCCCCCACCUGAACCAGCAGGGACCAGGAGACCCUCAGGCCGCCAGUAGCUCCGCCUCCUGCAGCCAGCUGGACACACAGCAGCUGAACCAAGGGGGCCCCCACCUGAACCAGCAGGGACCAGGAGACCCUCAGGCCGGCUCGGCGCCCGGUGUCCACGCCUUCCUGGCCGACGUGAGGAGCGCCAUCGGAGCGGAGAAGUCGUCCGUCCUGUUCCGGGCCCUCCAGACCUUCAGGAGGACGGACGGCUACGAGGCCCUGGAGGCGACCGCCGUGAGCCUGCUGACGGAGAGGGACCAGGACUUCACGCUGCUCGCCCGGUUCGGCCGGUUCAUCCCCGCCCGCCACAGGAGGAGGUACCAGGAGCUGCUGGGCGCUCUGACCGGUGCUGACCACCAGCGGCCACCAGUUCCGUCGUCGCUGCCUUUCAAGACUCAAAGCAAGAUUCCCUUCAAAAAGCUGUAGGUCCUGAGGUCCAGGUCCUGAGGUCCAGGUCCAGGUCCAGAGGUCCAGGUCCUGGUGUUCCUGGAGCCCCCCCCCCUCUCACUGAGCAGCCAGUUCCUCUGCACGUGGUCCAGAGGAUGCUGCUGAUGUUUUUAUAUUUAUUUGAGCUCAUUAAACUGAUGACAGACGUC